AUGUUUGAUAUUCGUGCGGCAGAUUUAGCUGUCGACACUACCGUGCUAGCCAAGUCUGGGACUGUUGCGACCGCAUUCGAGUACACCGACGAACAAGUGACCACGCCCACAGCCUUAUCCCGCUAUCGCAGUCGGGAAAACAGUGUGUCACGAGAUUACAACCAUAUCAAACAUUCCCCGGUCAAAAUGGCCUCUGGAUAUGCAGUCAGCCCGGAGCCGCCGGCGCUCUUCGUACGGGCUAUGUACGAUUAUGACGCCGACGAUCACACUAGCCUGAGUUUCCGCCGUGGCGACAUUAUCCAGGUCCUCAACCAGCUAGAAACCGGAUGGUGGGAUGGAGUCAUCGAUGAUGUUCGAGGUUGGUUCCCAAGUAACUAUUGUACCCCAAUCACGGAAGUGGACGAUUUCAGCGACCAGUUCGCACACGCCCACCACGAAACCGACCUCAGCGCGGACUCCGGACUUGAAGAUGAAUAUGGCGAUGGACACGAUGAGGAGGAAGUGAACUCCGAGGGCAACUCUCGGGAAUCACAGCCGAUUCUCCCUAUCGAGGGUAUUCCAGCGCCCAAGGAGCAGGAAGAGGCUGCAUUCUGGAUCCCCCAGGCGACACCUGACGGCCGUCUAUUCUACUUCAAUACCCUUACCGGAUAUUCCACCAUGGAGCUCCCUUUCGAGAAUCCGACCGCAACAACCGAACCAGGCCCGCGAGAUCGAAACAAUUUCUUUGUCCCCGAUCAGACACGGCCACCCCCGGAGCUGAUGGCGCGUGGCUUUGAGCGAGACGAAGACGAGUACGAUGGAUCUGCAUCGGAGGCAGAAGGAGAGUCGUUGAUGUUAGGAUCGCAUGACUCGAUUUCUCGCCGACGCCAGUCCGUGAUGGAUGGGGUAUCCCCUGCCACCUCCAUGGAUUCCCUGUACGCCCCGGGAUCUAAAGAUUUCAAACCGCAGCCCCCGAGCAAAAGCCCGCAAAAACUCUACAGCCUGGGCGGAAACAGUACGAGCACAUCUGUGACCGAAAGCUUUUCCAGACCUUCUAUUUCCUCCAACCCCCCUCAACACUUUGUCGACGAUGGCUUUGCACCACCAAUAACUUGGCCUUUGCUUGUCGAUAACAUGCGGUACGCUGUGGAAGCUUACCGCCGGACGCUUUUCAACGGUGAGCGUGCGGAGUAUGUAAGAAAGGCCGAGGAUAUAUCCGACCAUCUUCGCAUGUUGCUGGCUGCUGGAUCUGACACGACGGAUAAUCACUCUGGCAACCCAUCUAUCAUUUCUACAAACAAAGCCCUAUAUCCUCACUUCCGGGACAUGAUGUCCAAGUUCUCAAAACUGGUUCUUUCGUCACACAUUGCCGCCGCUGAUUGGCCUGGUGCCGACUCGGCCAAUAAAUGUCUGCAGGAGGCCGACGGAGUCAUGCAGGGUGUUUAUGGCUACGUGGAAGUGGCUCAACAACAGCGCGGUGAUGCGAUCCAUCGUAUUGUGCCUGGCUUUGUUGGCGGUAGCUUUUCAGGUGGUAGCUGGCAGAACAAUGGUGUUUCCUUGAAUGCUUCAGGUCCAACUUCAUUCCUUGUCCCGGAUGGAUCCGACUCGCGAGUAGAGCCAUCGGUCUGUCUCGACACUGCGUUUUUGGAUUCAAUCGACAUUCUCAGGAGAUCUUUUGUUGGUAGCAUUCGGCGACUAGAAGAACGGUUGGUUGUAAAUCGGAAGAUCGUUACAGUGGGGGAACAUGGAGAUAUUGCGGAUGCAAUCUCAGCUGCUGCAAUUAAGGUCAUUGAACAGUUUCGCCCAUGGAUCUCCUCGGUCGAGUCGAUGAAUUUAGCUCCGUUGGGGACCAGCUUCCAGAACCCCCAGCUAGUAGACUUCAGCUUGCAGAAGCAAAGAGUCUACGAUGCAAUUGGAGAUUUCGUGCUGAGCUGUCAGGCGGUCUCUGCCCCUCUGGCUGAUGAGUGGGCCGAGCUUCGUGGUAAUUCACUCGACGAUCGUGUGAAUGCCGUGCGAGGCAUCGCCAGGCAGUUGGAGAAUUUUGUCUCCCAGAUUGGCUUUUCACUGUCGCUGCUCCUCGAGCAGAUCCCCACCGAACCAGCGUCAUCUCUACAACGUGAUGGUCGCCAAGAAGCGGAAGAUGAAUCGUACAAGAACAUCCAUAAGCGGGGCGAGUCCAAGGCCAAGAUUGCCACAGAGUCAAUUGGAAUUCCGUCCUCCUACGCUCCUGAAAAGGAAGGUGGCACCGAUAAAGUACGAAGAAAUAUGGACAAGGCACAACGAUUCUUUGGCCAGGCACCCCCCACAGCUAUCACCCGGGAGCCAAUCCGGGAGCCAGUGCGUGAGCCCGAAGAGACUCCCUGGUUCUUGAAAAUGGCCCAUGAAGGCGAAGUGUUCUACGAUAACAAGGGAGACUUGCCAAUCCUCAAAUGUGGAACACUCGCAGGAUUGGUUGAACACCUCACCCGGCACGAUAAGCUUGAUGCAUCCUUCAACAACACCUUCCUCCUUACCUAUCGCUCUUUCACUACUGCUACCGAACUAUUUGAAAUGCUUGUCCAGCGGUUCAACAUUCAGCCUCCAUUUGGUCUGAAUCAAGAUGACAUGCAAAUGUGGAUCGAUCGAAAACAGAAGCCGAUCAGAUUCCGUGUUGUCAACAUUCUUAAGAGUUGGUUCGAUCACUUCUGGAUGGAGCCUAAUGAUGAACUGCACAUGGAUCUCCUACGACGUGUUCAUACCUUUACCAGCGACUCAAUCGCUACCACAAAAACCCCAGGAACCCCUACAUUAUUGGCCGUGAUCGAACAAAGACUUCGGGGACAAGAUACAACUGUCAAGCGGCUUGUUCCGACUCAGAGCACCGCUGCACCAACACCAAUUAUCCCUAAGAACAUGAAGAAGCUGAAGUUCCUCGACAUUGAUCCAACGGAGUUUGCUCGGCAGCUGACCGUCAUUGAGUCGCGCCUCUACUCCAAAAUUCGACCCACUGAGUGUUUGAACAAGACAUGGCAGAAGAAGGUCGGGCCUGAUGAGCCGGAACCAUCUCCUAAUGUCAAGGCAUUGAUUCUGCACUCGAAUCAGCUUACCAACUGGGUCGCCGAAAUGAUUCUCGCUCAAGGCGAUGUCAAGAAGCGUGUUGUAGUCAUCAAACACUUUGUGAACGUGGCUGAUAAAUGUCGCAAUCUGAACAAUUACUCUACCCUAACAUCCAUCAUCUCGGCUCUUGGAACUGCACCGAUUCAUCGUCUAGGUAGGACGUGGGGCCAGGUAAGCGGACGCACGUCCGCAGUUCUGGAACAGAUGCGCCGGCUUAUGGCUAGUACAAAGAACUUUGGCGAAUACCGAGAAACCCUGCAUCUCGCUAACCCGCCCUGUAUUCCAUUUUUCGGUGUCUAUCUUACGGAUUUGACCUUCAUUGAAGAUGGUAUUCCGUCUCUAACACCUUCGGAAUUGAUCAACUUCAAUAAGCGGGCUAAGACCGCGGAAGUCAUUCGGGAUAUCCAACAAUACCAGAACGUGCCGUAUCUUCUGCAACCCGUCGGCGAACUUCAAGAUUACAUUCUCAGUAACCUCCAAGGCGCUGGUGAUGUACACGACAUGUACGAACGAAGUCUGGAAAUUGAGCCUAGGGAGCGCGAGGAUGAAAAGAUUGCAAGGUAUGCUGAAACCACAAGCAGAGACAAGGGCUCCUUGUUGUUUGCAUCCACCGUUGCUAUUUUGCGAUAA